AUCUCUAGACUCCAAAAAGAGUGCAAAGCGUGACAACUAAGAAAUGAAUACAUUUUCUAGAAUUCCAGUUCUGUGCGGGUAGUUCUACAGCCACAUCACCUGACUUCAGAAACUUCAACUCCCAUGUUCCUGGGAAAGUUUUUGAACAGAUCCGGGUUUUCCAUGACCGUGGGGAAAGUGAACUUUUUUUGUCAAACUUUGUAUCAGAGCCCGUCUACCUAAACGCGAUGAAGCACCGACCGUUCUUGCUUCAGAAUGUCUGGAGGAUCUGCAACUUAUUUAUGUCGCUGUUUUUUGGUCUAGCGACUUAUGUGCAGAUUAACGACCCAGAUGCAGGACUGUGGAUGGUCGGCUAUGCCAUUCCAGCAUGUUUGACCCUAAUCGUUAGCUGGCAUCCACACAUAACAGAGAAUUUAAUUUGGCGACGAGUAUCUGAUCUCUAUGUCCUUAUUGGUACUACUUUUUGUGCCAUGUUGGGAUGGAUACUUUUCAAAGAAGGCAUCACAGAUAUUUUCCAACAAGAGGAGGGAAGAGAAUUUUCUGGUCUCAUGUUAACGGUUACUUGGCUUCUCCUAUGUAGACAUUCAGGAAGGGAUGGAAUUGGAAUAAUCAGAUUGUCCACUGCUGUUGGUAUCACAGUAUUUCCAUUUGUGGCAUGGCUAUACUACUACAUUAACACAGAGCUGAGAUCCAACUGGCCCUCACACUGUAAAACAGCACUCUAGGUCUGAAUGGUACUUCACAAUAUGAAGCACUUUUGUACUAUGUGAUGUGUCCACAUCAUAUAUGUUUGUAAAAUGGACAUAUAAAUGGUAUUGCAUAUAAAGUUUUUGACAGGAUCAUCAAUAAUAAUUAAAAAAUAUAUAACCCUACAAUAAUACUUCAGUAAAUGUUCAAUGUUCUGGCACUCGCAUACUUUAAUAACUUCAGAAAAAAUAGAAUAUUAAAAAAUAGAACAUAAUACUAUUAACCUUUACCCCUCAGUAGAUAGGGAAUAUACUGCAUGAUGGGGAUGUCACGUGAGUCUGUAGUUGCCUGACUGAAGAUUCUGGACCUAAUUACCAAACAAGCUGCUUUAGCCUCAGCCACCAGAGCCGGUCAUCUCGUAUUUGGAUAAUCAUGUUGACUUUUAAAACAUGUCACAAAGAUCACAACACAAUUUCAGCUCCAGGCAUAUAACAUUCUACUCCUUGUCAAUCACACUAACAGGUAUGCGGUGUCGGCAAUUAAAACAUGUCUUCUUUUCCAUUAGGCUUCUCUGUACAGUUUACUGACAGGUCUAAUACUUUGGUCCAUUGAGCAUUUUCCAGCACCAGAUCUUAGCAUUAUUGGUCAGUAUUUGCUGACAUUACUGGACUCCAAAGUGAUCUCACACCCAACUACAGGUGGCAGUAAACAUUCACUUAUUUGAAGUUGUGUGUGAACAGAGGUGCUAACCUGCAGGAUUUCAGGAGUCUGCAACAAUAUACUUCCCUGGAUCUGUGAAUAACCUUGUACAACAUUUAAUUAAUAUUAUACAUGUAAUGACUUUUCAGAAACUUUCUGAUUUUUUUUUUUUUUUCCAUUUUGUAGCAAUUGUAAAAAAUAAUUUGUGUUAACAAGACUCUAAACACUGGCUAUGGCAUACAACCUAUGCACAUUUGAAUUAAUCUGCAUCAUUUUAGGCCUACUUGCUUUUCUUUUCAUGACAAUACUGGAAAUAAAAUCACUUUUAGCUGUUGCUUCAAAAGACAGAACUAAAGUGGUACUGUCAUACCAAAGCUAAUUUGGCACAACACUGCUGCCCAGUUGUCAUGAAGUAUUUGAGUAUUUCAUUCAGAGCUGCAAGCUCAAACUGGCUGUUAAACCGGUAUUCAAUUAUACGCCUGUCAGAGAAUGCAUUUUUGCUUUUGGACUCCGUUUUAGCCUGCCAACAGCUAUACCCUGCAAUGGAAGGACUUUGUUAUUAAAGAAAAGCAUGAAAUAA